CUCCAACUAUAAAAGAACGCAACGUUCCGGACCAUCAGCCAUCCAAAAUCCAAUAUUACUUUUCUUUCGUGCUCUGGCUUUUGCUCGGUUGAGUAAUCACUCUGCGGCCUGAAACUUGAGCAUCUUGCUUUGCAGUGUCCCACUUUGUCUCAUAUAUAUCUUCACCUUCCCAUAUUUAUAUAUCAUGGGUCUCCUCGAUGAGAUGAUGGUCAUCUUCUGGGCCAUGGUUGGUCCGUGGCAAUUCAUGUAUAUGGCACUUUCCUUUCUGCCCCCCACGGUGCGUGACCUGGUAUCCGCAGGCCAGUAUCAAAUUCUUUUCUCCAUCUCCAAAUUCAAGCAUGCCUGGUUCACCAGGUUCUGGAAUUUCUGGGGCCCCAGAAUUCGAGUGGGCAGAGGGCCACUCAUCACAGCGCUGUUCGAAGGCCGUGUGAGUGGUGGGGUCGAAGUCGAGAAGCCCGUCGUGCCUCCUGUCGGGGGCGUCAUUCUCGACAUCGGUCCAGGACCGGGAUUCUGGGUAGACCUCUACGCAAAAGCUAAGGUCCCGGCCAACGAUGAAGGUAACCUCCGUCAUCGCGGUCGCGGUGCAAGUGAAUUGAAGAUCUACGGCGUCGAGCCAAACCCAGAUGCACACCCUAGCUUGAGGAAGCAUGUGCACGAUGCAGGCCUGGACGACAACUAUCAGAUCGUCCCUGUCGGCAUUCAAUCGCUCUCAACUGCUGCCGGUGCUCAAAUCGAGAAGGGCAGUGUCGACUGCAUUGUCUCCCUUCUCUGCCUAUGCAGCAUUCCUGAUCCUGAGGCGAACAUUGCAGAGCUGUAUCAGUUGCUCAAGAAGGGGGGCAGGUGGUAUAUGUUUGAACAUGUACAAGUCACUCGCUCCUGGCCGGGAAGACUCUAUCAGGCUUUCCUCAACCUAUUUUGGCCACAUGUGCUCGGCGGCUGCGAACUGUGCAGGAAUACAGAAAAGACACUUCGGCAGGCAGGCCCAUGGGAUAAGUUUGACGUUCAUGCUCCUGCGGACGAAGUAUGGUGCACUAGCCUUCCCCACAUCAUGGGGACUUUGACUAAGUGAUGUCCAUUCGCUGUCGAAGACUUGGGAUGAAGUUGCAUUAGCAUUGCAUACUCGGCCAAAUACCCUCUUGUUGGCGGGAUCGAAAUAAACGAUUAUAUGUGGUGUGGUUGGUAAAUUGUCUUCUCUUAUUAGUUGUGUUUCCACGGUCUGGAGUUUUCAAAGCAACGAGGUUCAUAUGCAUCACGUAUUCAUAGUCGAUAUAAUAUAGAUAGUAACGCAAUUCAUGGGAGUAGUAAG